AUUAUUGAUAAGUCACAAUUGUUAUAAUUGGUUUCAAAUGACUUAUGAGAAAAAUUUUGAUGGCGACUUUCUUUAGGGAAUUACAGCAUCUUGUAUUUACAGUUAUGUCUUACUGUUAAAAAAAUUACAUAUGGAUGCCUCAUUAGGUCACCAGAGAUGCUCUUUAAUGUGUUCUGGUUUUGUUCUAGGAAUAGUCACAUAGAUCAUCAGCAUCAGGAGUGUGUGAACCUGAAACAUCAGAUGGAGAGGAAUAUCCAUGAACUGGAAGGAGAUCUUGCUUGUUAGAAAGGGGGCUUAACAAGAAAAUGAGAUCAUGUGGAAAAGUAUUUGGGAACAACAGACCAGAAGGACUUCUUUCAUAGCCAGCCUGGAAAGUGACAGCUGCCAGUUGAAGAAGACGACUGGAAACUAAAGAAUUUCUGCAUUUUGUAUAAACAAAUGUCUCUGGUAGCUGAGCAAGAAUGGAUACUGGAGCAGAAUAAAAUGCAGGCAGAACUGGACUGGCAGCACCUCUGCGAGAAUGCAGAAAGUAAUUGGUAUCAGAAAUCAGAGGAUCUAACACAAAGCCUGUCUUCAGCAAGAGAGCAGAUACUUCAGUAUGAUGAUAAAACUUCUCUAAGCAAAAAUAUUCCUACCUUGGAAAUGAAAAGGCUUCAGGAGCAGAAUGCCAGUCUUCGGGCUGCUGUUGCACAAAUGAGGAAAGAAAUGGAGAGUCUUGAUAAGCAGAUGUCCUCUCUUCCUUUGACAGAAAAUGGACAGCUUACAGAGCAAGGUUUAUUGUGCACAAACAGAAUUUCAACUGGAACCACUUUGAGCAAUACCAAAGUCAGCUCAGUUAACUUGGAUUGUAUGGUAAACCCAGGUGCAGAAAAGGGGCCAAAAGCCGAAGUUAUUGAACAAAAGAUGGUAGAUCUUGAGCAACAGUUUCCUGACAUAGGUCCUGGUGUCGGUCUUUGGUAUGGUGUCAGCGGCACUCUACAAGGAGUGCAAAAUAAACUGCAGGAAGCAGCAAGACAAAUUUCUAUUCUGAGUGAGGAGAAGCAGCAGCUGAUUGAAAUAGGAAAUGGACUCAGGGCAGAACUCAGAACAGUAUUAAAGGAAGGACUUUUGCAUCCUGUUAGCUCUAAGCGCUGCACAGUUUGUGUUGUAUCUGGUAGCCUUUUUCCAAGAGAGCUUGUCAAAAGAAUACAGUGUCAGCUAUCAGCUUUAAAGCAUCUACAGCACAGGCUUACAACACAGGAGCUGCAGUAUGCAAAGCAACAGCAUCCCUCAAGGAUAUCUUCUCUAAUUGUCUGCUCUCGCUUAAAGGAUGAAGAAGCUCCAAGCGGAUGUGGGGAAAAGAUGACAUUACCAUCCACUGAGGUUCAACUAGAUUUGUCCAUUGAAAAUCAUGGGCCAAAGCAACAAAAGGCAGAUACAUUCUUAAAGAUUGUUCAAAGUCAGCCACCCAGGCAGAGUCCUAGUCAAGCCCUGCAGGUCCAGCUUUCUUCAUCUAGAGCACAUAAUUUCUGUCAAGGAGUGGAGCUUGAAGUUACACAUUCUGAUGAAUCUCAGCAAAAUAUCAAAGCCAAGGAUAAACUUGAAAUGCCAGCUGCAGAUUUGACAAUCAGAGGAACCAGGCUGGAAGCUCAGCAGAAGCUAAAAUCCAGGAAUUUUUCUUAUGCUUAUCCCAUAAAACCAAAAAUCUCUUCUAAGGUGGCAAAAAUCCGCAACUAUAAUAUUAAAGACUGAUUUCUUUGUUGUCAGCAAGUUCUGGAUCCACACUUGCUAUUAACUUACUUUGAAAUCUGUAAAUCAAAUCUGAAUAUCAGCUUCAAUUCUUUAUGUUGAGUUGGGAUGUUUGCAGCCAGAAGAUAGAACAAAUACCAUGUUUCGUACUGUGAACAAAAAGGGUUAAUCUGUGUAUAUUACUCGUUAAUACAGAUUUACUUUAAUUAUAUGUGUUAAAUAAUGCUUGCAUCAUGGAUUUAGAAAUGCCCAGUUAAUACAUAUGUAAAGCCUUGUGCUUCUGAGCAGGGCUUGCAGGUCUUUAGCAAAUAUUUUGUUGAGAAACUAUAGAUGUGAUUUAAGCUUAGAAGUGGGAUGCCUCAACCUACUGGUUUUCUUAUAAUUAACAAUGCAACCGUUAAUCCUGUGCAGCUAUCUCUCUACUUGAAAGAAGGGGAGGUUGAAAAGAUGGCACCUGAAUCUAUAUUUUCUCUCAUCUUCUGCAGCUUUUUCCAUUUAUUUAGAUAGCAUGAAAGAGUACAAAAUUAAACUUCUAUUGUUAUACCAGUAA